ACUGUAUAGAGAAUGCCAGCAAGAGACUAAAGCCAGCAUGAAAUACUGUGGAUUGCAGGGGAGGAAGAAAUGCAUUUAAAGCAACAAUAAAAAUGGCGUGCAGAAUAAUUACAUCAAAUUGCUACUUGCUUGACACCCUGACACUAAUUCUGCUCAAGGCAUUGGGAAAUACAAAAAGGGAAACACACCUUCCUCACCUGCUUGUGCAGCAUUCUCUCAGCAGAUGGAUUUUUGCCACUGCAGCUCAGCAGAGGGUGUCAGAUCUUUCAGAGUGCACCAGGUUGAAACGAGCAGAGCCUCUUAGCAACUCUCCCUCUGCGUGCAUUACGUGCCUGGAGAGUCUGUGGAUAUAAUUAUUGACUGGAAUCUGGGCUGCUGCAGAUGUAUGUGGGGGGGGAGAGAGGAGAAAAGAAAGAGUGUCCCCCCCCCCCUUCCGACCCUCCUUGCUCCCCCUCCCCACAUUUUUUCCCCCUUUGGAGAUGGUUUGGACAUUUCGUAUUGAAUGAACUGGAAUUGCUUUCCGUGUGAGGAGGAUGGUUGCUGUUACUUUGUGAUGAGAUCGGGAAUGAAUUGCUCGGUUUAAAAAUGCUGCUUUGGAUUCUGUUGCUGGAGACAUCUCUUUGUUUUGCUGCUGGAAACGUUACAGGGGACGUUUGCAAAGAGAAGAUCUGUGCCUGCAACGAGAUAGAAGGGGAUUUGCACGUAGACUGUGAGAAAAAGGGAUUUACCAGCCUGCAACAUUUCACCGCCCCAACUUCCCAGUUUUACCAUUUAUUCCUGCAUGGAAAUUCCCUGACUCGACUUUUCCCUAAUGAGUUUGCUAACUUUUACAAUGCAGUCAGUUUGCACAUGGAAAACAAUGGUCUGCAUGAGAUUGUUCCUGGGGCUUUCCUGGGGCUGCAGCUGGUGAAACGCUUGCACAUAAACAACAACAAGAUCAAAUCGUUCAGGAAGCAGACUUUCCUGGGGCUGGACGAUCUGGAAUACCUCCAGGCAGAUUUUAAUCUAUUGCGGGAUAUUGACCCAGGAGCAUUUAGGGACUUGAACAAACUAGAGGUGCUGAUUUUAAAUGACAAUCUCAUCAGUACCUUGCCCCCCAACGUGUUUCAGUAUGUGCCGAUCACCCACCUCGACCUCCGGGGAAACCGUCUUAAAACCUUGCCUUAUGAGGAGGUUCUGGAGCAGAUCCCAGGCAUUGCCGAAAUCCUGCUAGAGGAUAACCCCUGGGACUGUACUUGUGAUCUGCUAUCAUUGAAGGAAUGGCUGGAAAACAUACCCAAAAAUGCUUUGAUCGGCAGAGUGAUUUGUGAAGCUCCCACUAGGUUGCAGGGCAAAGAUUUAAAUGAGACCACAGAGCAAGAGCUGUGCAAAAAGAACAGAGUGGAUUCUAGUCUAGCUGCUCCCCCUGCCGAAGAAGAAACCUGUGAUCCUGGUCCCAUUCCAACCCCCUUUAAAAUACAUGGCAAAGAAGACCCUGCCACACCAGGAUCUGGUCCAAAUGGAGGUACAAAGAUUCCUGUCAACUGGCAAAUCAAAACUAGACCCACUGCUGCUGUGUCAACUGUUAGUGUGAAGAGCAAGCAACCGGCUAUCUUGUCCUGCCCUCAGAUCUGCAGCUGUGAUCAGAUCCCUGGCUCGGGUUUAAAGGUUAAUUGCAAUGACAGGAAUGUAAGCAGCCUGGUGGAUUUGAAACCUAAGCCGUCCAAUGUGCAGGAGCUGUUUCUGAGAGACAACAAAAUACACACCAUCAGGAAAUCCCACUUUCUGGAUUACCGAAAGCUUAAUUUACUUGAUUUGGGAAACAACAACAUAGCCACUGUUGAGAACAACACCUUCAAGAACCUCUUUGAUCUCCGAUGGCUGUACAUGGAUAGCAACUACUUAGACACCUUAUCCCGGGAGAAAUUCACUGGGCUGCAAAACCUGGAGUAUCUGAAUGUGGAGUUUAAUGGGAUCCAGCUGAUAAUGCCCGGCACCUUCAAUGCAAUGCCCAAACUCAGAGUCCUCAUCCUCAACAAUAACUUAUUGAGGUCUCUCCCAGUUGAUGUGUUUGCCGGGGUCUCGCUUUCCAAACUCAGCAUACACAACAAUUAUUUCAUGUACCUCCCAGUGGCAGGGGUGCUGGACCAGCUCACCUCCAUCACCCAGAUAGACCUGCACGGCAACCCGUGGGACUGUACUUGCCCUAUCGUGCCUUUCAAACAGUGGGCAGAAAUGCUGCGCCCCAAGGUGAUUAUGAGUGACCUGAGGUGUGAGUCUCCAGAAGAUUUCUUCAAGGAGGAUUUUGAGUCCCUCUCCAAUGACGUGAUUUGCCCUCAGCUAAAAAUAUCACCCACCUUAAGUUCUACCAACAAAAACAGCACUGGGGUCGCAGAGACAGGUACUCACUCCAACUCCUACUUGGAGACCAGCCGGGUCUCCAUUUCGGUGCUAGUGCCAGGGCUGCUGCUGGUUUUUGUGACCUCUGCUUUCACGGUGGUUGGCAUGCUGGUGUUCAUCCUGAGGAACAGAAAACGAUCUAAGAGGAGGGACGCCAAUUCAUCUGCAUCUGAGAUCAACUCCUUGCAGACUGUCUGCGACUCAUCCUACUGGCACAACGGGCCCUACAGCACCGACGGGGCCCACAGGGUUUAUGACUGUGGUUCCCACUCCCUGUCGGAUUGAGGAGGUGGGUGGGGCGGGGGUGCCUGCUGCCCAGGCUGACCUUGCACUUUCCUGGUGAUGGGGAGGCAAAUGCCAGCAAGGACAGCUCUGCACCUCAGCUACCUUUUGUGAGGAACGAAAAACACUCACACACUCCCCCACAGCCCCCAGAGCAAGAGCCGCGCUCGGUACGUGUGGGGGGAGCCUGGCGGAGGGGCACGUCCCCCUACCGAAUGCUGCCGGGACGGCAAUGGAUGAGUGAGGACCUGCUUCCUUCGGCUCUGGCAGGGCGAACCACGGCUCUUGGUUUUGUUGGGCCUUUGUUCUGUUGUGUUGGGGGUUGUUUUGCUUUUUUGCCCUCUUCCCUUUUGGAUGGACCCCUCCCUUGAGAGGCCAGGAGGAGGAGGGGGAUGGAGGAAAGGCUGCAGUCAGCCUCCUCCUGACAAAGCAGGAGUAGAAAGUUGCACGAAGGCAUGAAUGUAAUGUAAAUAAAUGACUUGGACUCUGAAACAGACAAAUGGAAAAAAAAAAAAAAACAACAAAAAAAGAAACAACUGCUGCAUGGCUCGCAUGGAUACAACGCACCCCAGGGACGCUCCAGCCCACGACUGGAAGCAGCGUCUAGUUCACACCAUCAUUCCUCUUACCUGAUAAGUCCCUUCGUAUCAAACCUUCUAUAUAAGAAAUACAGUAUAAUAAUAAAAGUGCCAUUUCACCUUUUUUUUUUGUGUGUGAUCAAUAGGCAGUAGAGAUCGUACUUUUACUGUGGGAAAAAAAAAAUGUAAAGGUUUUAUUUAAGACAUAGUUGCAUGAAUAUUUUCAUUUGAUUAUAAUUAUUAUUAUUUUUUUCUUGAGGUGGGAAUGGCUUUUUUGGAGAUAUUUUCUUUCUCGAUGGUGAGUUUUAGUUCUUUUUGUGGGAGGGAAAGGGAGAGAGGGGAGGCUUUGGCUUUAUUUUCUCUCUCUUCCUUUUCAGUAUACAUAUUCAGUAUUACCUUUCCAUUUGAAUGUAAAAAAUUAGUACCCUUGAUUUCUAUUAUGGUAACAGUGUAAACGUUAACAAAAGAAAAAAAAAAAAUCCAAGGCAGUUAAGCAUGACCAAUUAAUGUCACUCUAGUGCUUAGGCUGCAAAGUUUAAUGGUAGAAAAAUCUGUGCUGUUGUAAAUCUUACUAUAACUUGAGGAGAUUAGAACUGAGGAAGCAAGUGAAACUUACUAAUUCUAUUUGAGGUUUUAUAAUGGCAUAUUUUUUCAGUAUUAAAGUGAAAAUGUUUUCAA